UUUUUCAAGUUUGUUUAGUCACUUGAUCCACUUUUGACACACGGCUUUUUUUUAUGUUAAUUUAUGACUUCAGUCUACAUUCGAUGCGUACAUCGGUCGUAGCCACGUUUUCAUCAUCAUUUUGUCAGCGUAUUUAUCUUAUCAGCCAAUUGUACCACCUUAAGUCGUAUCGCAUUAAAAUACAACUUUCUGUACGCGAAUGAAAAGGGGCCCAAAUGUGCGUCUUAAUUGUCAAGAAAGCAGGAAAAACAAAAUUCAACAAAUAUCAAGUGCGUUUGCAUUGUUACGAUCUACUCGCUCGUGCGCAAGAGAGUGUUCUUGUUUAGCACAUGGUCGAUAGCUGCGUCCAACUGUGGCGCACGAAACUAAUAAUUUUGGAUUUAAUUGCUCAAUCGUUUUGGUUGAUUGAAACUUGUUCAUAAAUCCAAAUACGAAUGACCCAAUGACACGGAAGGACGGAAUGAAAAUGAGCAAAUUAACAGUCUGGAUUGUCUCCAGAUGUAUCCGAAGUAAACACAAUGCACAAUUAUUGUAGCGAACGUUAGAGCGCCAUGCCAUAUGUUCAACAAUAGACAUUACUACUUUUUCGCAAAGAAAGAUUGUUAGGAAAAGUAUUGGUUUUAUCCGCAAAUAAUGACGAUCCCGCUGAUAAAACGCGUAAAAUUCCGGAAUAUUAUAUGUUUGUAUUGAAAAAACUCAUAGAGCCAUAUCAAGGCCAUUUGUUUUAAAGAAAUAAUUUUUUGUAAAUUUUUUGGGCAUUUCAAGGCACAGUACGAAAUCUCUUCUGAUGCAGAGAUUUGUAAUUUCUCUCGGUGAGUCAUAUGCAAUUUUAAUGUUAAUUUCCUUUCUGCUUUCAUCUGAUCAACACGAUGUCGAUAACAUGUUAAAGAAUGCGGCUAUUCUUGGCUAUAUUAUCGACUCGCGAUAUUCUACAUAAUUUCGUUCUUCUUGGGACAAUCUACCAAUUUUGUGGUUAUUUUGAAUAAAAAAUAACUGUUCUUAAAAAAAGAUAUUAUGAACAGAGGAGCAGUAGAAGAAUAUUUUCGGAAAUAUUAUGAAAGCGAUUCUUUACAUAUGAAAAUUGUGUUAGAACACUACACUUGUACAACGUGUUGCGGAAAAGUGUCCAUCGUGUAUGUAAUUCGUUGUAUCUAAAGAUUGGCAAAAAUAGUCGAUUUCUUGCAAAAGCGACCAGUAAUUUCCGCAUAAAUCUUGAUAUCAUAUACUUGACCACAGUCACAGCCACUCAGUCUAUCUGCACAUGAUGAAGGCAUGAGACACUAGAAAAAGAAUAAUAGAAAAUUGACAACGGAUGCUCUCAAUUGAGAAUGAUAUUUGAGAAUAAGUAAUACAUUUUGCUGCAUACUCUUGAUGCCUAGGCAUAUUUGCUGUAAGGCCGGUGCGCCGCCAACAGAUACACUGAUACUGAUACUGAUACAUAAUUAGUCGCGAUUCGUCUCGGUAAUGAAGCGGAUACAAUCCAUCGCAAUGAUAACAUUUAAUGUGAAAUAUGAAUUAAUUAAAUCUUUUUGUCUUCAAAUGAAUUGAAGCAAAUAAAUGGAAAAAAAACGAAACGUGUGGCUCAGGUAGUCUUGUAUCUCUUCCGGCAUAAGCAAACACAGCUCGUAAAAGUCAACGCAGAAUCAAUUUGGAGAGAGAGAGAGAGGAAGAUAAUACAAACGCAUACGAAACGAAUACACCAUUCGAAAAUGACAAACGAAUUCAUUAACAGCGCAAGAGAUGGAAAAUAAUCUAGGUGUCAUUAAAUUAUCACUCACACGCGUACUACAUUUGAUACGAUGGUGCUGUCUGACUCUGGCCGCCACCGCAUCUCAGCUCGCCGAGAAUGUGUGCUUGUGUCAACGAAAUCAAUUUAUUUCGAAAAGCCAAAAGCAUUUAAUUUAAACAAAUUAGAGCAAAUUACAGAAAUAAAUAAGCUUUAAUCAUUUCUGAUUUCACACAUCAUAACCAACGAACCGAUCAAAACAUUUCACGCAGCUGAAUGCUCGCGGCCACAACGAAAAAAAAGUCCCUGGACAAACCCGACACAAUACCAAACUAUUCGAAUAAUUUAGCGGAAUAUUAUUAUCAUUUGUUGUUUUCUUUCUGCGACGCAAAUUUUUUGGCAGCAAUGAUGCCAAUGGUGGUCAUGAAAUACCAUAAAUUAUCGACGUGAAAAUGGAAAAAUGAUCUUAGCCAUCUUAGCUAUUUUAUUUAUCACAUCAAACCGUAUGCUAUGCGAUUGAAAAACAAAACAUUAAACACCAGAAGAUACAUCACAUAAAUCAGAUAUUUUUAGUUGAACAUGGCAUUUUUUGCUGUUGUUGUUCGUGAGUGUGUGUAUAUGCGACAUUUUGGUUGAAAAACACUAAUAAAUUAAUUAGAGGGAUUAGAACGAUGCUCUGGCAGAUUAAAAUCCACUUUUUGAUGCCACCAUUUGCUCUCUGUCCGGCGCUUUGCAUCCUUGCCUGGUUCAUUUUCCACUCUGAUUUUUAUAACCGUUUGAUGAUACGCUUCACAUAACUUUCGGACGCAUUUUCCGUGAUUUUUAGCUUGUCACAGAGCGAAGGAGACAGCCAGAGAGAGUGAGAGAGAAAGAGAGAGUGAGAGCAGGCUCGACACAAAAGAGAGAAAGAGUGAGUUCAGGCUAGAAUUUUCCCAACCACUCUGAAUUGAACACAUAUGAUUUGAAUAAGAUAAAUGACAGCCGUAUUGUGUGCCGCUCAGAAAAAUCGCUUUCGCUUUCUUUUUAUUGUACCGACGAAUUUUCAUCCAAUAAAACAUAAUAAAUGUCAUUCGAAGGUUGCCGUAGGUGUCGGCUGCUACGCUCGAUAUGAAAUAUUCAAGUGGUUUCGUUUUUUGAUAUGUUCAUCAUUGAAUUUACGACUCACUCAGUGGAAAAUACUUUCGAAAGAUGCGAUCGAAUAUUGGAUCUGUCUAGGGAUGUGUACAGAUACGGAAGUCGUGAGUGACACGCUGAAUCGAGUCGAAGUUGAGUGGUUUAUGUUUAACAUUUUUUAUAAUCAUAGUAAAUAGAUGUGUAUAGUUUUUUUUCCUUCUAAUUCUCUGUCCUUCCCUUUUUCACUAUUCACUCAAGCGGCACAUAUUUUCCGUAAUACGAGAAGACACUCGAGCAUUCUCGAGAGUUAAAAAGAAAACAGUCAGCUGUAACAAACCGAAAUAUAGAAGCAACAGCAAAAACAAAACAUAAACAAAUCCAAGCGCGACACAUUUCGUCAUUGUCAGUUAUCUUUAUGUUUAACUCUGUGCAAAAACAGAAAAAAGGCGAAACAGACGACGACGGAGGUGACAACAGCAAAGGAGAAGAAACGGCACACCGAUUUGAGGCAAUUGAAUUUUGUGAGAGGAAGUGUUUCGUUGCUAAAUGCCCUUGUGCAAUAAUACUUUCGAUGAUAUGUUUCUGAAUGUAUGCGCGAUUUCGCAGCCCUUCACUUCGUUUUUGAUAAUGAGUGGUGUUGACGCCGCUGCUGUUGAUGUCAUGCAUAUUUAGCUGACACACAUUUUGUGAAAUGAUGAGAUAGUAGUACACAGUCGAACCGCGUGUAUGUGAUACGCAAAGCGUUUUCUAUCUAAUCGCAUGACCACAGCACAAAAUCAAGCACUGAUACAAUGCUUUUAUCAAUUCGCAACACUCAAAUGACAUUUCACUCGGUGACUCUUUGUUGUUGUUGUCUAUUUCUUUCGCCAUACCAAACAGUUCUAUUCUCAACCUUGAUCAUUUGACAUCAUGGGUCUUGUUUGCUUUUCGCCUUUUUUACGAUUUGGUUUUGUUGUUGCUGCUUUUUUACUCUUUCUUUUUUCAUAUUCGCGGCUAGUUGUGUGUCAAUUUUUGUUUCCUCAACGAGAUAGGAUUUUUAUUGGAAACGUAAACAAAGUCACGCCGAAUGCGAAAAACUGGAGAAUUGAGAAAUUCGAUGGAUGGUGCAGCAGUGGCGUGCGAGAGUUGUUCCACAUUCGUUUCGUUUUUCAUUUUUUUUCUAUGUUGAUGGAAUUCACACGCAUGAAAUGAGAUUGAUUAGCCCAACAAUUAUCACACUUCAUUGUCACGAGCAAGAUCAUUUCGCAUGUGAAUGGAAGAAAGAGAUCAACGAAGAAAAAAAAAUUCAUAUAUGAAUUCAGCCGAAAAAAACUGGCCGCAUGCUGAAAAUGUGUAGUACCGGUUGGAUGAUCGUUGAACAGGUUAUGUUGUGAUCUUGUUUUGCAUGUUUGCGUGCUGCUACAGUUAAGUUGAGAAGUGCGCGGCACGAGCCUUUUGAUCAAUUAACUUUAUCAAUUUUGGCGUUUUAAAUGUUUGGCUUGCUCGCAUUUAAAAAAUUUCCAUUUGCCUCGAUGGGGCCCGAAGCACUUCCAUUGCUACCAAUGUAAAUUGUAAAUGACGAUCUAAGGACGAUUAAACAUUCACAAUUUACUCGGUGUGCGUGUGUGUAUAUAAUUUAAAUUUGGUAUCGUCAAUUCGUAAGCAACAGGCUUAUAUCGUGUACACAGAUCAGCCGACCAGCCACCGACUAAUAAAUUGUCUGACAAAUAGUGUGAAAUUUUUCAUCAAAAUAUUUUCAUUCUGAUUCACUUGAUUUAGUUUGCAAUGCAGUCAAAAUAUGAUGUCUGACUGCAUUUUCAUGAGCGUCAUAUUCUCAUCGUUUCGAUCGAACGAAACGAACAAGAAAAAACAAUCCAACAAAUUAGAUUCUUAUAAUAUCUUGUAUGCCGUAUACAUUCCUUGUCCUCUUCUUCUUCUUCUUCUUCAUUCCUCUGAAAUAAUAACAUCAUGUGAGUGUAAAAUUUAUGAGGAAAACAUUCACAAUGAAUGUGCCAAAUUAGAUAAAUCAGCUGCGGCUGGUCGAAUUGGUUUGUUGUUGUGAAUAUUCGAACAGCACAUCCCAUUUUCAUAUUCGGUUUUACUUUUUUUUGUUCUCUUCGUUCGACGUCAAUUCUUCGCUCUCAGUUAUUCGUCACAACGCAUUCGAAUGCGAAUUUUUCAGUUAAUUAAAUUAGAAAAUGAUGUUAAAAUGAAUGUAUUUGUCUUAAUUAAGUGAUUUUAAGGAAUGAACGCAAGUGAAAAAAAAAGAACGCGCACACACUUACACACAAUCAAACAUUGAUCGUGUUGGCGAAAAACGAAUAUUUCAAGUGUGUUCUAUAAUUUUUCAUAGCCACUUCUCGUGUGUGAUUGCUCGUGAUUUCUCUUCUUUCUUUGGUUUCGAGCCACUGAAUUUUUUUUUUUAAUUUUCAUUUUGUUUUUGUUUGUUGUUUGCUCUCGCCAAAAUGACGUCACACAAAACGAGGAUGCUUUUGUUAGAUUUAUUAUUUUUUCGCUAUUUUUUGUUGUGUGUGCAUGUGAGUGUGAAAAAGUGGUUUUUCGUGUUUUUAAACCGCUUGGCUCUGACAUUCAAAUGAAAAUUGGUUGGAGCCAUUACAUGUCAACCAAUACAUGUGUGCUUGCCUCAAAUGUUAAUGCUGAAGCAGUCAGUAAAGAGUGUAAAGCAUAAAUAAAUGACCAUGACGCGGUUAGGUGGGGGAAGGGGAGAAGUGUAUAUAUACCAUAUGCUUUUAUGUUCAAAGUUUCAAUUGAACUUUAUGCAUUAAGCGCCUAUAUUUAGGCGUGUUUUUUUCUCUCUCUAUAUAUUCGAUUUUUAUGGAUCCCCUAAAUUGCGAUGAACGAAAAAAGACACUAUUUCGCACAAAUCGCAUUUGUGAUGUUAUUUUUUUAUUCAAUGAAUAUUGUCUGCGGGAUUACAAUUUUGGUUAUAAUUCCAAAUAUUAUCAUUUUCAAUGUGCCAAAGCAAUAAACAAAAUGGAAAACUACUGAAGAUUUAUAUGCUGCAUUUGAAUAAUACUUAAAAAGCAGCACAUGCAAACCAAAACGGAUAAUAAGUAAAUGUGUUCAUGGAAAUUUCUUAUUGCCCAUUCACAAAGAGUGAGAGAGAGAGAGAGAGGACAGAGAAGCACGAGUUGAUCUAGUAAAUUGCGACGUGAAGUGAAGUGAAGAGAAACGACACGAGCGUAUAGCAACUGUAUAGAUUUUGUUUGUGGUGAUUCGUCAGUUUCGUUUGUAGUACGCAUGCUUCGUAAAAUUGUCCGUCUCUUUCUUUAGCCAUGUUUAAACCGUAUCCAGAUCAUCUAAUACUCACACGAGAAGCGUGUGUGCCUCAAUGGAAAAAAUGCAGCACGUGGCCGUAAAACGUGAUAGAUUCAGAAGGAACAGAAAUUUGUUGCAAUUGUUAAUCAAAUGUGUUUGGAUUGUACUUUGGUCGUUAUGUGCGGGGCAAAAUAUUGGAACCGGGUUCUGGAUACGUUUUAUGCGGUUCAAAUACACAUUUUGAUCUGCGCUCACACACUACAUAUUAUCAAUAUUGAUUUUUGUCAACUAAAUCCGAUGCUGGAUUGUGUCGUUGCUGUUUUUUUAAAAGUGGUUUCGAUGCAAAAGAAUCGUGGCUCGUGUCCAGUAUGUGUGUCUUCUUUUAAUUUCAGUCAUAGUAUGUCUGUGGGUAUAAAAAUCAUCUGCUCUUAUUUAACGUCAGAAGAUUCGAAAUUCAAUCGAUUCAACAAGAAGACCACAUCUCGCGAAAGAGAUGUCCAGAACUGGCUCUUGUGUUAAAAUAAAACCUUGCAAACGGCGUUCAUGAUAAGAAACGCUGUAGAAGUGCGUCACUAUGAUUUGUGAUGCAUUGAAUAAAACUGAAUGUGUUAUGGUCCAGAACAUGUGAUUAGUUGAAAUCGGUGAUGGAACUGGUGACUUUAAUUAAACAUUGUUCGUCAGUGGGAUAAUUAUAGUGAAUAUUUACUGAUAAGAAUGGUAAAAAAAAGGGUCAACUCACAUGAAAACUGUAACACGAGUCCGAGUUAAUUGGCAAUUUUACGAAAAUAAACUAGAACUUUUUGUAUGGCUUUUCACCACCUUCAGAUGUUAUCCCAUCAUCGUGAUGAUUUUAUUCAAAUCAAAAGCAAUGAGCAUCUCACAAAAGACCAUAGAAAUAAUCACGUUCAUCAGUUUCAUGCGACUGAAGACAAUGAAAACGUUUUAUUUCCUGAACUAAAAUAAUAUCCACUUUCAUCGGUGAAUGGUAACUGGCACGCAUAUUUUCGAGAUGCUUUUGCUUUGCUGUGCCAUGUCACCAUUUGCUUUGAUUGAAAUUCGAUUGUUUUUGUGUUUUCAUCGUGUUUUGUUGUUCACUGUUUCAACUGGUUCCAGUUCUAACUUUGAUCCGAUCACGAAGCUGAACACCGUAUCUAUCAAUAUCCCGUUCUUGUUCUUGCAAUGCGACAUUUCUCCCUUUUUCGUUUUCUCUCUCUCUCUCUCUCUCUCGAUCCACAUCGAGGUGGAUAUAAUUAUAAAUAAAUAAUGGUGCAACACAUGAAUUUCCACGUGAGGCCCAACACAAUUAAAUCUAUAUUCAGCUUCGUUUGUUAUGCGUGAAAUAGCGGAAAAGUCAAUUGGAGCUUCCACAACAAUAUCACAAGCGCAAUCCUCGUGACUUAAACUCCACCCCCCAAUGCGAAUGUAUUAAUGGCAUAUAUUUGUACCGAUGUCAACAACGUUUCGUAUCGAGCUUUAUGAAGCCAAGGUAGAAGUAGAAAAAGAUGGAAAAAAAAUUGAAUUAUGUGAAUGUGCUUGCUUUCUUCGCUGCCACACAUAUUGUUUUAUGAAAACGUACUGAGAACACGGGAGCGUGCUUCGAACAACGACAACGACAAAGUCAACAACAACAAUAAAACCGAAUGAGAGCAACGAUUCGCACAAGCGAAAGAAAAGUACAACAAAUCCGAAAUGGAAAAGAAAAAAAAGUCGGCUCAAGCCCAACGACACCGACAUUAGAUUAGAUCCAAUAAGCAACAGUUUAUCAUCCACAUUUUAACGUGCCAUAACACGGAGCGUGCAUUUCUGUCAGCACUUUACCGUUUAAAAUCGCCCAAGACAGACGUUGUUUGUUGCAAACGUACACUUCUUGAUUGAGCUUCUAUGCAAAUAUAUCAAUCGCGCCAACGAUUUCAUUUUCGGCAAACGAUUCUAUCCAACCGUCAAAAGAAUGUAUAGAACAGAAUAGUUGCAAAUUAGUUUUCAUAAUUUGAAUAUUUUAAUAUUUUAAAAAAAAGGAAGAAAAAAAGCAGUUUCCGGUCGAUUUCAUAAUAAUUUGUGAUCGUUCGCUACAUUUUUUGUGUGUGUAUGUGUGGUAAUUUCGGUAGUGUUCCAACCGAUCUUUGGCCACACAGUACGAAGUAUUUUUUUUCGAUUAAAAUAAAAUUGAUCUUUAUGUCACUAUAAUAAACGAGUGCGUGUUUGAUCGGUCAGAAAAAAAGCGUCGUGAAUAUCACAAAGUCAAAACAACAACGUGAGAAAUUCAAUAUUUUUUUUUCGAAUUCGGAAAAAGUGUUUAUCAAAAGAAAGUUUAAAAAAUGCCAAAAAGUGCGCUUACAGUUUUUAAAUCGAUGCUUUUGAACAAAACCAUUUACACGAUAACAUUUUCAAAGCGUUCGCCUACAAACGCUACGCUAAGCAGUUUAGUUAUUGUGAAUCGAUAAAUGAAUCACAUAUUCAAUCGCCAGCUGAAAAAUCGUUUUUAAUUGCCGAAACAUUGGGGAAUCGCAAAUUCGCAACGGAAAUUGUUCGAAUCGCUUUCAGAACGAGUAGAAGAAGAAGAACAGUCGAAGAGGAGGUAGAAAGAGAGCAACAGAGAAAAAAACACAACUGAAAACAAAAACACUUGAUUUUUCUUUGAAAUAAAAAAAAAACCGAAAAGAAAAUCCGUUUGUGUCAAAUAACACACGAUAUUAAACGAAAACUACAGCAAUUCAGUUUUUGUUGGACCAAAUGCGAAAAAUGAUGUUAGACGGGAAAAUUAGUGAUUAUUCCAUGUAUAAUAACAAUGGGAGUAAUUGGAAUUCAGCGGCAAGCUGCCAAUAUCCCACGAACAGCAGCAGCAGCAGCAGCAGUAAUGGUUUCAACGAUUCAAAUAAUUGUCAAAAAAAUCAAUCGGCCACCAACGAUUGCAAUGUAAAUCAUUAUUGUCAGAAUCCAAAAUUUAAUCAUUUGGCAAACCAUUGGAACGGAAGUGUGGCCGCAAUGCAUCAUCAGCAAGCACAACCCGAAUCCGCCAAUUACUUUCGAAAUCAAUGGCAUUUCAGCAACAAUGCAGCUACAAAUUCCUAUCAUGUGAAUGAUACAACCAUCCCAAAUAUUCCAGCAACACAAUUAUCACAAAACCAACAUUGUCUACUCAUUCCACACACCCAUUUCCAUCACCCGUCAUCAGCGGGAAAGGCAUCCGGAAAUAGCAAAGACAUUUGUGGCAACGAUGAUAAAUUCAAAGAGGAUGGCGAUCCAUGGAAUGUUGAAGCACAAGCUGCCUUCUUAGGGCCAAAUUUAUGGGACAAAACCUUACCAUAUGACACGGAUCUCAAGGUAACACAUUAUGCUGACCUAGAUGAGUUUUUGUCUGAGAACAAUAUUCCUGAUGGCUUGCCCGGAACACAUUUGGGCCAUCCAACUGGUUUGAACCAUCGUCCAUCGGUGAAUGAUUCAUUGGGUUAUUCGACUGGAUUAGCACUAGGCUUAGGUCACAUCACAACAAAACGCGAACGCUCACCAUCACCAUCCGAUUGUGUCAGCCCCGACACGAUAAAUCCACCGUCGCCGGCUGAGUCAACAUUUUCGUUUGCGUCAUCAGGCCGUGAUUUUGAUCCACGCACACGUGCAUUUUCGGACGAAGAACUUAAACCGCAGCCUAUGAUCAAAAAAUCAAGAAAACAAUUUGUGCCCGAUGAACUUAAGGACGACAAGUAUUGGGCCAGACGCCGAAAGAACAACAUUGCCGCCAAACGAUCGCGUGACGCACGCCGUCAAAAAGAAAACCAAAUCGCGAUGCGAGCGCGGUAUCUAGAAAAAGAGAUAUCUUUACAGAACUCAACACUGCAUCAAGAGCUAGAGCAACUGAAGCAGGAGAACAUGGAGCUAAGAGCACGCCUAUCCAAAUAUCAAGACGCAUAAGUCGAUGUGGUGGAACUCGGUCAUUAUCGAUAUCGCCGUCUUCAUCAUCGCAGUCGCUGUCGUCGUCGGUUGUAUGCAUUCAAAAUACAAAUACGAAACAAACCAACAAAACAUAAAACAAAAUUACAAAAAAUUAAAAUUAAAAUUUAAAACACAAAAAAAUAAUGAUGAAAAAAAAACAAGUUAAAUAAGCAAAACAAUGUAGACAGACAAAUUGCAGCAACCCCCCCACUCACUCACAACUAUGCAUACAUACAGAAUUAUACGUAUACCGAAUACAGAAUACUGAUUACAGAAUAACACAAUGGAAAAUAUACACAAAAAAAAAAUUAAUCACAUGAUUAUUAAUUUUAGUACUAAACAUUUAUGAAGCUAAGCUUAUGCGUUGAGAAACUAGGCAGACAAAAAAAAAACAACAAGAAAAAACAUAAAUAAAAAAAAUCGAAUAACAUUUUAGCCGAUUUUUUCGAUUGAUGACUUACAAGAGAACAGAACAAAAUAAGUUUAAACGAUGUUGUUCGAUUUAACAAGAAUUUAAAUACAAAUUUAAAAACAAAAACUCUUUACAGAGCAAAUAGCCAGCAAAAAUAGAUGAUUUAAACUGAACAACAAUAAAAAUUAUUUUAAAAAAAACCAUCAUACACAAAACAAACACACCCACAAUCAAAGCACUCUAAAAAAAGAUUAAAAAUAUGAUGAAAAUAACGAAUGGCCCUAGUAGUUGUAGAUUGUACUAAACAAUAAUUUAAUGAGAAAAAAAAACGAAAUACACAAUAAUAAUGGCAUAGUGUUGGUGCAGGACGGGAGGUUAGUUUUUAGACGAAAAUUAAAAAAAAAAAACACAGAAUAAAUAUAUAUGUUAAAUAAUAAAGUUGAAUAAAUUUAUACAACAAAUGGAUUAAAAAAAACAAUUUAGUUUUAGAACAAAAUACACAAUUUACGUAUUUAAGAAAUACAUAUACACCAAGUUUAUUCGUAGAAAUUGUAAUCUAAACAAAAACCAACAACAACAACAACAAAACAAACCAAUUGUAAUGUUACAUGAAUAUUACGUUUAAUUUGGUUUUUAUUUAACAGAAGAAAAAAACGAACAUAACAAUAUUGAUAAUCGAAUGAAAGAAAAAAGUGAAGAUUUACGCAAACAGAUGAAAUGAAUUAGAAAGAAUUCAAAGCAGUGAAGCGUGCGAUUUAAAUGUUAAGAUUAAAUUAAUUUCUUUUUUUGAGUAAAAAUCGUUCAUUUCUUGUAUCCCCUCUUCCUCCCGCCUCCGCGCUUUUAUUUAUGCCAAAAUUUCAUUACCAUUUCUUCGACUUCUUUUGUUUGAUCAAGUGACACCACUAGCAUAGCGCUUCACUUUAUGGAUGUUACUGUUUUUUAUUUUUUAUUUAGAGAUUUAAAUGGAAACGCAUAUACACAAAUGGCGCGAGUAAAUGUGGGUUACCGGUUCGGGUGGCUGUUAAAAGAAUUAUGAUAAAAUAUAUCGACCGAAACUACCAAAUACUAAUCAGGACAUGUACUUAACAGAGAGAAAAAAAAGAGGAAAAAACAAAAUUUUAAAACCUGGGAGAAAGAGAAUAUGAAACCGUUUCAUCGUUAAAAUGCAUGUCGUUGCGCUCACUUCUAUGUAGCAUACACAUCUCCCUGGGAAUGCACAUUUGUUACCGAACAUUGUUACCAAAAUCACAAUCACACGGAUCUGCACGUCAUAGUCAGUAGUUACUUUGUGCUAGUUUCACAUUUUUAUCCGAUAUGAAAAAAAAACACAAAUCUUCUCUAUCUGAUGUUAUUUUCUUUUUCAUUUCCUUACCCACCACCACCCACCUACCUUACUUACUACUUACUCCUGAAGCGAAUCGAACACGACGAAAAUGCCGCCACACUUACAUCGUUAGCUAAACGAAAAAAAGUUUCGGGGAAAAGAAAAGAUGCACCGAAAAAAUGCAAUAUGGCACCGAUUUAAUCGAUUUAAUUUUUCGCUAUUUAUUUUUAUCCUAUUUUUUCCUCCCUUGUUUCCCCAUUUCUAUAACUAGAGCUUAGUUUUUUAGAAGAGGAAAAAAAAUUUGUUACUUUUGUUCUUAUUGUUUUAAAAUGCAUGAAAGCAACUAAUUGUUAUUUUUAUUUUAUUUUCUCUCUCUCUCUCUCUCACUCUUUUUUUUUGGUUAAUUUUGAUAAGUUUAUUGUUGAGAAGAGAAAGAGAAAAACAUUGAUUGAAAUUGCUUUUUCCUUUUGUAAAUAUAAAGUAUGAUAACAUUGAAUUUUUCUUUGCUUGAAUUAACUCGACUUGUUCUCCGCUUGUCAUACAACAAAACAAUGUAUACAAAACCACCUUCUUCAAAAAUACCCACUUACAAAAACGCUGUCCAAAUCUAAUCGUUAAUUGCUAAUGUCGGGAAAUCUAUGAUUAAUAUGAAUAGGGCUUCUCCUUAAAUUAUUGCCUACUCUCUGUUUUCAAUUUGAUUUUAUUUUUUUCGACCCAUCCAAAUUAAACACAUCAACACCUUCUUUUACCUGACCAUUCACAUCGUGUCUCAACGAUGUUCUGUCUAUUUUAUUUCCUUCUUCUUCUCUAUUUUUUGUGAAUAUUUUCCGAAUCGAUGAUUUUCCGUGGAGAGAAAACCUAAAUAAAAAUAGAUAUAAUGAAAAAAUUAUGACAACAAACAUGUUUAUACCAAUGUAAAUUAGAAUUUAGAGAUUAUGUUAUUAGAGACAAAAUGCUAAUUAAUUAAUUUAACAAAGAAAUUUGCAAAUUAUGAACGAAACAAAAUAGCGAGAGAAAAGCUAACGACAAUUAUGUAUUGGCAUGGUGUGCUGAUGAAUGAAAGCGAACGUAAAUUGCAAAGACGAUUUAUUUUAUUGAAACAUUUGGCUAAUUUUCAAAUAUAUUUUUUCCGAAUGUUGGAUAUUUCGUUUUGAAAAAAAAAAAAACACAAAGAUCAACACCGACAAAACAAAAAGAAAUUGCGAACAUUUUUAAGUUUGAAAUAUUGAAUUCGAGUAAAUUUGUACCAAAUUUGCGCAAGACUCCUUUUUUUAAAUGUACAGAAUAAAACGGAAUGAAAAAAAAACCAAAUGAAAUUUGUGAUGAAUCUAUUAUGGUUCAAAAAAGAAGAAAAAAAAUGCAAAAAGCUAACAUUUUCCCAACAUUUGUUCUCACCUGAUGAGCAAUUUCAACGAUAUAUGUAUGAAUGUUUUUAGUACAUCUCAUUGUCAUGUUAUGAUGAUAGAACAUUUUUAUUUUUUACUUCAUAUACUGAUAAUGAUCCACUGUUGAUACAAAAUCGUACAUUGUUUAGAGAAAUUCAGAGACCUUUUCAUGCUCCAUUCAUCAUGUUUAUUUUUUUGAUGAUAAAACGAAAACCAUUUCAAUUUCCGUUGACAAAGAGAAAAAUGUUGUUGUCGCAAUUCAAAUUUGUAAGAAUAAAAUUUGAAAAAAAAAACUUUUGAUUCAACCAUUAUCGAUCAAAAUGUGAUUUUUAAUGGCUUCUUAACUAGCCAAAUGGUGUUUGUCGUUUGAUCAGUUUUGUUUUUAUUUCACGCACUUGAACGAAAAGCCGCAAUUUUCUCCGAUAUUUUUUGCUAUUUUCUUUGUCUCUCUCAAGCAGUUGCAAUAUUUAUUUGUUUCUCUUUAUCUCGUGAAUUUGUGAACAAAACCUUUAUACCAUUAAGUUACCGUACAAUAAACACAAUACACGAUGCAACAUAAGUGUUUGAAAGAAAAAAACGAAACAAAAUAGAAAUCAGAAUCGAAGAUUGAAAUAGUGUUUAUAUUUUAGUUAGAGAAAGAGUGAAAAAAAGGAGAAGAAGGUAAGAAAGAGAGAGAGAGAGAGAGCCAGAGCCCAAAAUCAGUUUUCAAUUAGAGAUUUUUACCAGUUUGUAGCCUGCUUUAGUUGAAAUGAUGCACCUUCUACAAGUGAAGCAAAAACAUUGAGAAUAAAAAUCGAUUAAUAUAAUUUAAAUGCAAAAAAAGAGUUUAGAUUCCCAAAUAAAAUGAGUAAAAUGACUAAUUAGCAGAAAAAAAAAACAACAACAACAGCAACAAACAACCAUAAGUCUACAUAUAAAUAAAUAAACAAAAAAAAUUCAUUGAGUAGUUGAUAUACUAAUUGUACACAUUUAAACAAACCAACAACAAAAAAAACAUAGUUAGAUCAAUUGUAGGGGGCAAAACAAAAAUGAAUAUUUGAUAUAAAUAUUUUUAUUUUAUGUUUAUCAGAAUAAAACAUUGAAACGAAACGGAAAACAAUACGAAUCACACACACACACACACCUCGUUCUGGUCGGCGCGGGAUGUUUGUAAAUGCAACGGCAGCCAGAACGGAGUGUGUCAUUUCGAUUGACAGCCAAAUUGAAAUUAUUUAAAAUGGCGCGUUAUGCAUUCGACCGUUGUGUCGAAUGCAGUAUCCAUGAUAACAAUAACUCAUUGAGAUGUCACGUCUCAUUUUCGAUUUAAUUGAAACACUAUUACAAAUUAGAAAAUAUUUGGUUGUUACACAUGCGUUGCAAUCAGCCGCAAACGAGCUGGAAAUGAUGAUAAAUAUAGAAGAAAAGAAACCCAAAAUACAAUGAAAAAACAAUUGAUAUGCGUGCAACCGAAUCGGUGGAUAGUUUUGCGGAGAAAUUGGGCACAGUUCUGGCGAAAUGGGCAUGAUUCGGGGAAAUCAAGAAUAUGGCCUUUACUUAAUCGAACAACAAGAGUUUCGAAUGAAUUAUUGCAAUGCUCUACAGAAUCAAUUGAUAUUUACGCAAGAUAUUUCGGGCUAAUCUCUUAACACUCCCAACCAAUUCCAGAUGCCAAAAUUUGAACCCAAAUUGCACACCGUUUUUCACUAGAUUUUCCACCGAUUUUCUUUCACGCUCAAUUUAUUGAUGAAUAUUCAUGAAAAUAAUAACAACAAGAAUCAAAUGUUAAAUUUUACAUUUUAUUUGAAUGAAAUGCACAAAAAAUAUUAGCUACUCAAAUCAGUACAGUUAUGAAAUCAAAAAAAAAAGAUACUGCUUUGGACAUUUGUAGAUGCAAUUACAACAACAACAACAAAACAAAUCAUUUUAGAGAUGAAAACAUAUGGCAAACAAAAAUGGCAAACAUUUAACAAAAAAAGAAUUAUUAUUGAAGUUACUAAUUAAAAAAGAACAACAAACGAACUAGACGCAAGUGGAGAUUUAAAAAUUAGUUGAGAGUCUUAGUACACAAGCACACAUUAUAUUUUAUUCGUUUAAAUAAAAUAUCAAUUUAUUCACCCAACUUAAUUUUAUUUUUUUUGUUUUUUUUUUUUUUUUUGUUUCAUUUAUGUUUAUUUUAUCGAAUAAAUUUUCUUAUUGACAAAGAAA